GGGGACCUUAGUAUCCGUUCUGACUUCCACGGCGACGACGCAGGUGCGUGCUACCAGCCGCCUUUCGUUUCGCAACGAUCGUCCUUGGACGCUGCUAGCUAAGCGUGGCGGUCUCUGAGCUACUUGUACCGCGAAUUCUCCGGUUUGCUGCUGCUUUGCUCCGGAAUCGUUGAAUCGAUCUGGACUCGAUUGUUUUUGUGCAGUGCGCCUUUUUCGUUCCAUCGCGAAGAAUAGUCGGGGAGAGUCCUCUGAUGCGUAGCGGCUUGAAAGGAGAACCGGAACUGGCCGGUUCCUUCAGGGUCUCGACUCCAGAAAUUGUUCGGCGACGAUGAAGGGAUGGUUCGACGCGUUCCGCAUCGACGGCGGGCCGACGUUGUACAGCUACAACAACAGGACACCCGUCACCGGCGACGUACCCCUUGUGAUCGUAUUCGUGAUUUUCGGCACGAUCUUCACCGCGUUCCUAGUCAUUUUCCCUGGGAUUCGUAAGGAGAGAUUGAGCACGUUUCUCACGGUGACCUUGAGCCUCUUCGUCGGUGCCUCGAUACAAGUCGCGCAGUAUGGAUCGUCUUGGCACACCAGCUCGGCAACAGUUGUCAGCACGUACAGUGCUUAUUCCGGACAGAAGACCACCGCCGAGAUCGGCGGCUACAUCGGUUUGAUGCACAUCAACAUCACUUACCGGCUACUACCAAGCAGCGAGCACCCGAUGGAUGACGUGGAGUACAAUGAGAGAUUCUGGUGGAGGAGUACUGGAGAAAUGACCAGCGCUUUCAAGCAAGCGUUAAAUCAGGGCGCUCCGUUUCCCAUAGUUUCUUUGGCUGAAUACUUCAGCCUUCACCAGGAAGGAUUCUCAUGGGGAAGCAAAUACCGCCAGGCUGGUUACUAUGCCUCUCUCAUGCUUUGGACAUCCUUCGCCUCUUGGACCCUGAUGAAUCUGUUACUGGUGGUAGUGCCACGGUACGGCGCUUACGGUAUGAUUUCCACCGGCAUUUGCAUGCUGCUAACCAAUUUAAUAUAUUGGGCAUUGUUGCCAUGCGAGCCGCUCAUAGCUCACGUGGAUGGUUCUAUUCUGGCUUUUAAUUUAGGAUGGAACUAUUGGCUGAUUCUGCUAUCUGGUAUCGGAUGCCUAUUCGUCGGGGCAGUGAUCACUGCGAUAGAUAUGAUAUUUCCUCAUCAAUUCUCCACUAUAUUAGAGGUCGACUACGAUACACCAUACGAUAGGCACGUGAUUAUAGAAGAGAGUUUCGAUACUCGGAACAUCAGAAGACGGUUGCCUAAGAUCGAAGAUUCCUUCGGCGAUCGAAUAAUAAGUCAACUGUCGUCGAAGCUGCAGAGCAGACAUGACGCCAAAGAAGACACUCAGGGUGUAAUAAACCGGGGUUACACUUCGCACGAGUCUUCGGACUUUCAGCACGAAGACACGACCAAGAACAACUGGUCGUAUCCGUUCCCGUCGUCUUCGCGGAGAACGAUCAACGGCUGAUUUCUGUUAAUUGUACUCUUGGACAUUCCGAAAAUAAAGGAUUUUGUUUUUA